AUGUUCGCCACGAGAGCUCUUCGACAGGCCGCUGUCCACGCGGAGCGGACUCCCCUGAUUCGAUUCCUUGGACCCCGAGCCACUCCUACUUCAAUCGACCACACUCCUCAGCCUCACCCCGCAUCUCCCUCAGGAAAGCUCCCCGAGGGUUUCACCGCAUACUACGGCAACGGAGAUGCCGCCGCCCGACACAACUCUUUCGGCGCCUACCGUGACCACGCCCAGCAGCACGGCCCUCUUCAGAGGACCAUCGGCAGCGUUGAGGCCGGCAUUGGUGGCUCCUCUGGCUACCAGCUCGGCUCCAUAAACCCUCCCAAGGGUGUUGCCUUUGAUGUCUCUGAGCUCCCUACCCGCUUCCACCGCCAGCCCAUCGACCUGAGCGAGAUCGAAGCCAUCGAGUCUGGCGGCGCAGCUUUUGCUUAA